UUUCAUUCCUGAAUGAUCCCUGGGCGGCCCGCAUCCCCCACAGAAGUUUUUGUGGACAGUGGUGAGGCAGACGUGGUUCACAACUUGGCUAGGCUUCAUGCAUGUUCAUGUUUUUGUAAAACGUCCCUUCCUGUGGGGGAUGCUCUUCCGUCUGAUGUGCUCUAUUUCCUUAGUGACUGUUGCUCUGUUAUGGGAGGGACUUAAUGACAUUUUUCAAGUGCAGUAUUGAAUUAAUUUAUUUCCUGGUUAGUCCUGCUCAUCUUCCCAGUAUAAAUAGAACGUGUGUGUGUGUGUGUGUGUGUACACACAGCAGAGUGGUGACGCUGUACAGGACGAACAGUUGCAUGCGUGACUCAGGCUGAUGCCGUGAACUUGUGAUCUGGGGCAAAGGGAGAGGUGACGAAGCGGCUGAUUCGACAGGGCGAGGCUGCCUGGGCGUCAUGAACUCUGCGGGUGCCGGCUGCCGCCGUGGCUGAGGACGCCCUCGUCCUGCGGUGGGGAGCAGGUCUCCGCGGGACAGCUUCUCCACACCCCAGCUCACCAUGGCCUCUACGCUCUGGCUGGACGGCUGACGCACCGUGUGCCCUGUGUGUGCCACUAGAGCGUGAGCUGGCCAGCUACUUGCUGCUCACAAGGUGUGGGAGCCAGGCUCGUGGGCAUCCCAUGCUCCCCAGAACCGGACUGGCAGAGUGAUGGACUUGCACAGGCUAAGAUGGAAGUGACCUGAGGCCUUGGCCAGGCGGUUUCCUCACAAAGGACAGCUUAAGAAUCGGCGCACAGGCUUGUCUGGGGAGCAGUAUGCAGGAAGCUGGCUUUCAGGCCACGAAUGCUUUCACAGAGUGCAAAUUCACCUGCACCAGCGGUAAAUGCUUGUAUCUCGGUUCGCUGGUCUGUAACCAACAGAACGACUGUGGGGACAACAGUGAUGAAGAGAACUGUCUCCUGGUGACCGAGCAUCCGCCUCCAGGCAUCUUCAACUCGGAGCUGGAGUUUGCCCAAGUCAUCAUCAUUGUUGUGGUGGUCACGGUGAUGGUCGUGGUCAUCGUCUGCCUGCUGAACCACUACAAAGUCUCCACGAGAUCCUUCAUCAACCGCCCAAGCCAGAGCAGGAGGCAGGAGGACGGGCUGCAGCCGGAAGGGUGCCUGUGGCCUGCAGACAGCGCCGUGCCGCGGCCAGGGGCCUCAGAGAUCAUGUACGCCCCACGGGCCCGGGACAGGUUCACCGCCCCAGCCUUCAUCCAGAGGGAUCGGUUCAGCCGCUUCCAGCCCACGUACCCCUAUGUGCAGCACGAAAUUGAUCUCCCCCCGACCAUCUCCCUGUCCGACGGUGAAGAGCCGCCUCCUUACCAAGGGCCCUGCACCCUGCAGCUCCGGGACCCUGAGCAGCAGAUGGAACUCAACCGUGAGUCAGUGCGGGCCCCUCCCAACCGAACCAUAUUUGACAGUGAUUUGAUAGACAUCUCCAUGUACAAUGGGGGCCCGUGCCCACCGAGCAGCAACUCGGGCAUCAGCGCAACCAACUGCAGCAGUAACGGGCGGAUGGAAGGGCCUCCCCCGACCUACAGCGAGGUGAUGGGCCGUUACCCAGGCGCCUCUUUCUUCCAUCACCAGCACAGCAACCACACACACAGGGCGAGCAGACUGCACUCGGCUCAGAACAAUUCAGAGAGCACAAUUGUACCCGUCAAAGGCAAGGACCGCAAGCCCGGGAACCUGGUCUGAUCCGUUCCAGCGUGCACUUCCUUCCAACGAGCGCUUGCACUGAGGACAAAGAAAGCAAGGAAAGGAGGAGGCCGCUCUGGGCCCUUCCCAUGCGCAGUGUUGUUCAGUUUUCCGUGGUACAACCAAGUAAAAGCAAAUGUGCAAACA